AUGAAUUGGUUUCAAUUUGGAAGAGAUGCUGGUGUUGAUCAACCUGCAAAACAACAAGAGCAGGAGGAGGAUGGUGAAGAGGAGGGUGGUGGUAUUGAUACCAACACAUUGAUAUAUUCGUUAAAGAGUUCAUCGAUUACUGGUGUCAAGUCAUUGUCUUCAAAGGGACAUAUAUUCAAUGUUAGCGAGACGACCAAGGUCAAGGUGAUUGUCUUGUUAGAGUCGGUCAUGUCCGGUCACGAAGACUGGGUGUACAGCGUCUCAUGGUAUCCCGUCAACAAGGACGAUGGUACGCAAGAGAUGUGUUUGGUGUCGUCGUCGACAACGGACAAGACUAUGAUUGUCUGGCGUCCCGAUCCAAAGAGCGGUGUGUGGAUGGACGAGGUGCGUAUUGGAGACAUGGGUGGCAACAUCCUCGGUCUCUAUGGUGCCGUCUUUUCACCAACUGGAGAGUACCUAUUAUCACACGGAUACAAUGGUGCAUUCCAUCUUUGGGGUAACGAGAAUCAUCAUAACAACAACAACAAUAACAACAACUCAAGUAGAGCAGAUCGUGUAAAGGGAUGGUUCGAGAUUGCACGUCCACAAAUCCACGGAUACGAUCUUGAAUGCUUCACCUUUAUCCACGGCAAGAACCAUGCCAUCGUGUCGGGUGCCGAAGAAAAGAUCUUGCGUGUGUUUUUGGGCUCACAAAACUUUAUCGAUACAGUUGGAUAUCUCGGGCGUCGUCUAUGA